AUGAAUGCAAUCGCUUCAGAGAGUUUUGACUCGUCUUUUUCAGUGCAAGACUCAGACACAUUUUAUUUAAACCAAGAAUUGACAGAAAACUUUACGAAAGAAUCAAACAGUGAGGAGUUGUCGAUGUAUUUUAAAGAUUUUGGUCUAAAUAAUUCUCUUGCGAGAUCUGACGUCUUGGUAGAGAAAAGCAAUUCGUUAUUAUUCAGAUAUGAAGGCGGAGGGGUCAUUGUAUAUGAUUCACACGCUCAUAAAUCUGGCGAGAUUUAUGAAGCUGGCUCCCAACAAACUCGAGUUAUUCCGACAUCUAUACAGCGAGAAAUAGAAACAGCCUCAGAGAACGGUAAAGUUAAUGUAGAUAAAUCCCAAUAUAAAAAACUUUCAUUUCUAAGUCCCAAAAAGUUUUUGAGCUCUGAAUACACUUUGGUAGCUCCAACAAAAAAUGUUUUAAUUUUCGACUCAAAAUUUGAGAGUGGCAACCUUGGCAAAGCUAUAAAGCUGUCUGAAAAUGAAUAUAAUCUCUACUUGGACUUUGAUUUUAAUACAAGUGGGCACACCCAAUGAUUUUAUUUUUCGGUAAAAACGUAUAUGCCGAGACACAAAGUCACUUUAAAUAUUGUUAAUUUACUGAAGUAUGACUCACUUUAUAAUGACGGAAUGAAGCCCUUGGUAUAUUCCAAAAAGCUAUGUGAAUUAACUGGGAUCGACUGGCAUCGCGCAGGUGAAAAUAUUUCAUAUUACCGAAAUAAUAUCACAAGAAAUGAUUCUGCCAAAAAAGAAUGCUACUUCAGCUUAUCAUUUUCAUAUGAAUUCCUAUAUGAAGAUGACACUGUAUUUUUCGCUCAUUGUUUUCCUUAUACUUAUACAGACCUUCAAAAUUUUUUAACCAAGAGUCAAGAAAAUUCUGAUAUUUUAAGAGUCGAUACUCUAUGUCAAACAUUAGCAGGAAAUAAUUGUUAUAUAUUGACAAUCACGAGCUCUGCAAAUACGUAUACACCUUGGGAAUUUGAGUAUGAAAAACUUACCAGGAGUGCUGCGUGAAGAAAAAUCCAAAGAAAUAGAAAUGUAAAGUUCAGGCAAUCAAAAUCUGAAGGUACGUUAUAAUUAGAAAGAGAAUGAGCAUAG